AAACAAAACAAAAAUUACACAAUGCAACUUAGCCGGAUUCUGUUUAAACCAAGGGCCUCAGAAGUAUUGACAGCCUAUUUGAAACAAUGUAACGAACCACCAUGGACAUCGUAUUUCGUUAAGUUAAAGGAUGUCGAAAAUGAUCAAUGGGGUAGAUCACAUUUUAAUUGGACUCUUGAUACUGGUGCAAAUUAUCAUAUCUUGAGGACAGCAUGUUAUCCCUACUUGAAAUACCACUGUACUAAGCGUGAAAUACAAGACUUAUCGUUGGAAGAUAAAUUCUUUCGAUUUUUGAAAAUUAUUAAUUUGGGUUUACCUAUGUUGUUCUAUGGUCUGGCUGCUAUACGUUUAAUAAGUCACGAGGAAGCUGUACAUUUGCCCAAUGGUGAUACGGUUUCAAUAUACUUUUUGUAUGCUGAGGACAAGGGUUCUAGAUUUUAAAAUA